AUGUCACUAAUACAAGACGCGGAUAGAACUCCUAAUUAUGACGCGAUAAACGACACCGACGUUCAAGAACUAUCUGAAACCAGAUACGACCGCAUCAAUGAAUUGCAGAAAAUCUUCAAAGACAGCGUACCGUUAGUUCUUACAAACUUUAUGCAAGACUUCCUGGCUAUUAGUCCUUUGAUGGUCAUAAGCCGUGUGUCUACACAGGCUCUAGCAGCUGCCAGUCUGGCCACCAUGUUCAUGAACAUUACGUGCUUGGGUGUGAUCCAGGGAGCUGUAACGUCCGUGGAGUCGUUUGCACCCCACGCUUACGGAGCAGGCAAUUACUCUCAGGUAGGCGAGGUUGUGCAAAAGAACCUGGCCGUCAACAUCCUUCUACUCAUUCCCUCUGCACUCUUAUGCUGGCACAGCGGCCCAAUUCUGGGGUUUCUCCAGCCGGACCAAGAGCUCGCACACCUGGCCCAGACUUACUUGCGGAUCGUGUUUUGCGGGAUCCCGGGCUUGCUGAUUUUUGAGCUGGGAAAGCGGUAUCUUCAAGCACAGCAGAUCUUCCAUGCUUCCACGUAUGCGCUGAUUGUUGUUUCUCCGCUCAGUUUGAUAUCGCUGUAUGUGUUCACGUUUACGUUUGGACUUGGGUUCUACGGAGCACCGAUUGUGGUUGCUGCCUCGUUCUGGGCCAUGGGACUGUUCCUUGUAGGCUACGUGCUACUUGUGGACGGAAAACAGUGCUGGCACGGGUUCAUCUACAAACGCAUGUUUGUGAAUAUUUCGGACCAGCUGUAUCUGGCAUUAUUUUCCCUAGUUGGAAUUGAGGCGGAAUACAUUGCGUACGAAGCAAUGGCGUUAGCUGCUGCAUAUUUUGGAGAAACGUCACUGGCUGCGCAGUCGAUCUGCUCAUCCGUUGGAUCUCUGGUGUUCCAGGUUCCAUUGGCAUUAAGCAGUUCCAUCUCCACCAGAGUCGGGUCACACAUCGGGUCUGGCAACGAGAAGUUUGCGCGCGACACCACGUACUUGUGCAUCAAGACGGCUUUUGUGCUUGGCCUAACCAUCACUGCUGUGCUGACGAUAUUUAUGAAGCCCAUCACGGCCGCGUUCACGAACGACCCGGAGGUGGCCGUGCUGUGCUACCGCGUGCUUCCUUUGUUGAACAUGACGCAGACGUACGACACAGCAAACGCGAUUCUGCAAGGCUUGCUGCGGAGUCAACGGCGUCAAGACGUUGGGUCGGCGUUCAACCUGAGCAUCUACUACUUGAUUGGUGUUCCUCUGGCGUACUGGCUGGCGUUUGGCAAGAGCUACGGAAUUUAUGGGCUGUGGAUCGCGUUCACGAUUUCUGUGUUUUUGCUCACGGCGGUGGAACUGGUUCUCAUUCUGCGUACCAAUUGGAAGGCCGUGAUGGAGAUCGCCAAUGAGGAGGAGGAGGAGAGCUGA